ACCUCGGAUGAUUUGACACUUGUCUCCAUAGCAUAUGGUUGUGCCUUGCAUGUGCUCCAGCUGACAGAAUAUGCUCAGUUGCUCAGUGUAGCCUUGCAAUAAGCAAGCAUACUGUGAUCUAUUUACAUUUUAGAUUGUCCUGCUCACUGUUGAAUUUAAUAAUGUGGCAACUUCAUGGCUUUCUGAAUGCGAAAUUGCCGUCAUGAUAAUAUUCGAGGGUGUGCUUGUUAAAUGGGCUUUUGCAAGGCGUUGUCUCUGAAAUGCAAAGUUAAGGGACAUUUUGUAUUAGGUUCAAUAUAAUGUCUUUAACUUUGAAUAGAGGACACCGAGUCGAGCUUCCAGUGAUAUUCCAGCCUAACUUUAAGUUAUUAUAAUAUUGGCUUAAUAUGCAAGUUACAUGGGUACAUAAUGUAUUAUGUCAAUGGCAACCAGUGGCUGUGUCAAUGCGGACCUCGGGCAGAGUCCCUCUUGGCGUUAUGAUAACAUCCCUUAAGUCAUAUUAUUCCUGUAUGGACUUGUGUUUAUUGUAGGCUAUAUUCCUAUUGGCCUAUUGGUCUACUUUAUCUUAUCGGUUAAAUUAUCUUCGUCUUAUACCCCGUGCUAAAAAUAUAAUAAGACUGAUAAUGUUUUUUUUAUUGUAAGGAAACGGUUUAGCCGGUACAUGAGAGAUCUUUGCGGUAAGUGGUUCAGGUGCGUCACUUUCUACUGCAUAAAAAAAAAGGGGGCGAAGCGUGCCUUUUUUUGGUGGAAGUCAUUUUAGUUUCAAAACAGGCUCUGUGGUCGUGUGUGUCGAAGUGCCUGGGUCAAGGUAGAACUGUCUUUUAACCUUGCUGAAGGACAGCUGUAUUUACUGACGUAUGUAAAUGAAUAUAGGGGAGGUCCUUGGGCAAAAAAAAAAAAAAAAAAAAAAAAAAACACACACACACUGAAUCAGUUUCACAUUGCAGCUCCGGAGUUCCUGCGUGGAAGGAAAAACGAGACGUGGCGAAAUCUGCUCAGCAAACCAUGCAGGAUGAUUUACUGAUGGACAAAAACAAAGCCCAGCCACACCAUCAGCAAGAUCCGACGCAAGUAGACCCUCCUCCCUCCACCCCGACCCCGUCAUCGGAGCCCACUUCUUCUUCAUCGGAGUCGGAGAGCCCUUCAACCGGGAGCAACCAAGCGGCUUCAGCGCUGAGCAGCAGCAAGGACAAAGUGCCGAUGGAGUCGCCGAUCCUGCCCGGGUUGAGCUUCCACCACCAGCCGCAGGAGACCGGCGGUCCCUUGUCCUCCCCUUCCUCCUCGUUUGGGAGCACUUGGUCCACGGGAACCACAAACGCCGUGGACGAUAGCUUUUUCCAGGGAAUACCCUCGGUGAACGGGACGAUGCUUUUCCAGAACUUCCCCCACCAAGUCAACCCGGUCUUCGGGGGUAAUUUCUCCCCGCAGAUGGGUCUGGCUCCCCAGUCCCAACAGCAUCAACAGCAAGCCCAGCAGCAGCAGCAGCAGCAGCAGCAGCAGCAGCAACCCCAGCCCCAGCCCCAGCCCCAGCAGAGAUCCCCUGUCAGCCCCAGCCAAGGCCCCUUCCCCCAGAGAAACGCUUAUCAGACCAUCAUGAAUAACAGCAAGGGGUCGUCGUCGUCGUCGUCUUCUUCUGCCCCGUCGUCCGCUUGGAAUAAUCACCAAAACGCCGCAUGGAGCACAGCCUCCAACCCCUGGAGCGGUCUGCAGGCAGGCAGGGACCCGCGCAGAGCGGUGGGCGUCGGGGUAGGGGUCGGAGUCGGUGUCGGGGUGCCGUCACCCCUGAACCCCAUCUCCCCCAUGAAAAAGCCCUAUACCAGCAAUGUUAUAGCACCCCCCAAAUUCCCAAGACCCGGUCCCCUCACCCCCAAGCCCUGGAUGGAGGACAGCGCCUUCAGGACUGACAACAGCAACAACAUACUGCCUUUCCAGGACCGGAAUCGGCCCUUUGAUGCUUUUAGCUUGCACUCUUUGGAGAAUUCCUUAAUGGAUAUGAUAAGGACUGACCAUGACAAAGGUAAACCACACCCUGCCGGUGGCCCACCAAUGACUAUCGCUGAUAUUAUAUGGAGGAAUCAUUUUGCAGGACGUAUGGGCCUCAACUUUCAUCAUCCUGGAGCAGACCACAUAAUGCCAUUGAACACCCGGAGUUAUGGCCGCAGAAGAGGUCGUUCCUGCCUUUUUCCCUUUGAAGAUGGUUUCCUCGAUGACGGCCAUGGUGACCCCUCCUUGACCCCUGGCCUGAACUCGCCAACCCGCUGUCAGAACGGAGAGAGGAUGGAGCGCUACUCCAGGAAGGUCUUUGUCGGAGGCCUCCCCCCUGACAUAGAUGAAGAUGAAAUCACCAACAGUUUCCGUCGAUAUGGGCACCUGGUGGUAGACUGGCCCCACAAAGCUGAGAGCAAAUCCUACUUCCCACCGAAAGGCUACGCCUUCCUGCUCUUCCAGGAAGAGACUUCUGUUCAGGCCUUGAUCGACGCCUGCAUCGAGGAGGACGGCAAGCUCUACCUGUGUGUAUCCAGUCCCACCAUCAAAGACAAACCGGUCCAGAUCCGUCCCUGGAACCUGAGCGACAGUGACUUUGUCAUGGACGGCUCCCAGCCUCUGGACCCCCGCAAGACCAUCUUUGUUGGGGGGGUGCCGCGGCCCCUGCGUGCAGUGGAGCUGGCUAUGAUCAUGGACCGGCUGUACGGAGGAGUUUGCUACGCUGGCAUCGACACUGACCCAGAGCUCAAAUACCCAAAGGGAGCCGGCCGCGUGGCCUUCUCCAAUCAGCAGAGUUACAUUGCUGCCAUCAGCGCUCGCUUCGUUCAGCUGCAGCACAAUGACAUCGACAAAAGGGUGGAGGUGAAGCCGUACGUCCUGGACGACCAGAUGUGUGAUGAGUGCCAGGGGGCGCGCUGCGGGGGGAAGUUCGCCCCCUUCUUCUGUGCCAACGUCACCUGCCUGCAGUACUACUGCGAGUACUGCUGGGCCAGCAUCCACUCGCGAGCCGGCCGAGAGUUUCACAAGCCACUGGUGAAGGAGGGGGGCGACCGCCCUCGACACGUGUCCUUCCGCUGGAGCUGAGGGGCGGGGGGGUGUCACGAGUCAGCCCUGCCCCGGUGAACCCACGCCCGACCCCUAAAAACCUCCUGCACCCCUCCUACCCUACAGGCCGGGACAGCGCUGCAACCCCCCCCCACAGCCCCACCUACUCCACCCUGCUCCCCACAAACACCUCAUGAAAAAAGCAAAAAGGAUACCGUCAAAUACAUGGGACUUUCUUCAUACCAUACGGCUCUGAACUCAUUGUCUAGUGUUCCCCUCUGAUAAAGCAUUGCGAGGAAAAUAAAUGCGAAAGUCUGUCAGCUUAGAAUUUGCACUUUGGCACAAAAUCUCACACACACAGGAUGGUAUGUUAGACGCCUGGCUACUUUCAGUUCCCCGUUCUGUUGACUGGGUGGUGUGGUACGUCCUGUUGGACCCCCCCCUUACUAAGACAGAGGUGGGACCAUAAAAAUAUUUAAAAAGUAUAUAUUUUUUGUUUUGUACCUAUCUAUACAUAUAUAGAUAAUUUAAAUUUUAUGUAAAAGGAGCAUGCACUUAUUUUCAAAAGCUGUAGUUAUAUUGCCCCUAGUGAAAAAUCAUUACCAAAGGCAAAUGAAAUUAAUGCAUACAGAAAAGCUAAAUAGGUGGCAUAAGAUGUAGCAAGAUUUAACACCUAUCCAGUAGUGUGGGCCCGUAUCGCCCAGAGUAAAAGUAACACGGCUAUAUUCGCUCUCAAUUUUGACUCUGAAAAUAUUAAUACCUCAUAUGCGCAAUCGGAUUAGUUUGCUUUCGAUUUCUAGGUCUUUAUUUUUAUAAUAACAUUAUUUUUUAGUGUUAUGUAAAUGUAAUGCUGCAAUAGCUUUGCUGCUAAAUCCAUGGUAUAAACAGAUACCAUAAGUACUUUAUUCAGGCUAGGGUGUAAAAUAAUAACAGAUCUAGAGAAGCACCUGGUGUUGGAGAAUGACGAGCUAUCAUAGGGGGAGGGGGCGCCCCUAGACAACGAUGGCUACCUUUGUGGGGGUCGGGGUGGGUCGCCCCUAACUGCAUGUUUAUUUCAAUCAGGUUGCUGCAUGCAAUAGACUUUCAGUAUCAUGUCUACUAUUCGAUUCUGCCCAUGUUUGCACAACACACUAUAGACGUACGUUCGACUCGCACGAAACUGGACAGAAACAGGGAAGACUGGUCAACGGAGUCGCGCCGGCUCCGCGUCGGGCUGACAGGCCACGCCACAGGGCGGCCAGAGCAGAUGGUUCCUGCACAAACAGGCAGUGAACACAUCCAGGCGACGGGGGGGAAAAAAAAAACAACCUUAAUAAUCACAAAUCAAAUUAAAUGUAGGAUUACCAUUUAAAACUGUCUAUGAUAGGUGAAGUACUUUUUUGCAGUGAUUGUUGAUAUAAUUGUGCAAUUUUUUAUACCGUAUGUAGUUAGGUCUGAGUAUGCCUAGAACUGUGAUUCGCUUUAACUGUCGUUAAUGUCCGACAUAGAAGUCCUGUGAAACUUCAUAACUAGCGUAUGCACACGUAUAUAUGUUCUCUUGUACACACACACUUGCACCAGUAUACACAGAAGCCUCUCGACACACACGAACACACACACACACACACACACACGGACGGCUGUCUUUCUUACGCACACAAACAGGCCUACAAACACAGAGUCUGAUCUGAAGAGAAGACGCAACAAUGUGAGCUUAAACUGAGAACUAAGGUCUUUUUGGUUUUGUUUUUUUUUUGUUUUUUUUUUUAAAAAUUUGUUCCACCAUUGACAAAAGCGCACGUUUACGUCCCAGAAUGCAACCAAAGAGCUCUUGUGUUCGACUUUUAACACGCGGCACGAACAGCCGCCUGCAGAGGAGGCUGCGCCGCUCAUUGGGCCUCCUGCAGAGGAGCUGAAGGUGCAGUCGGUUAGAUGAGGAAAGAGGGCAGUUGGGAAGAAGAAUUUUGGGGGUGAUAAAAUGAAACAUUGAAGCUACUGGAGACUUGAGAUUGAUAAACUUAGCUGUGCACAUGCUCGAGCUACAUGGCUGGGGUUGGGUGGGGUGGGGUGGGGGUGGGUGGGGGUGGGGUGGAUAACAUUGCCAGAAGAUGCAGAUGUGCAAGCUGGGGUUACCAUAUUUAUCCAGAUUUUUUUUUUUUUUCCUGCAAAGCUUGAAGUAAUGGACCUGCUAAAAAAAAAAAAAAAAAAAUGGUGGACAUGUAUAUCUUUUUAGUUUUUAUCAAAAGGUUAUAGUGCGCAGUUCAAACAGGAUGGGGUGGGUGGGGAAGGGAGGAGGUGGCGUUUGGUAGUUAUGAAUGCAAUGCAUAGAAACUUAAGUAUUGGCUGCUGAAGACAGGGUGGCUCUGGUUUGGGGCUAGGGGUGGGGGUGGGGUGGGGGCCCAAGUUACACUGGUUUUAGCAGUUUUGUGGACAAUCCGAUCGGGAUCCUACAUCAUUGCAAGUUAAUGUGUGUCGUCCCCUUUUUUUUUUUUUUUUUUUCCCCGGUCCGUGAGUUGUGAUUGUCCCGUGCUGGCGCCCCGCAGUCCCUCUCCUCUGUGUUCUUUUAGUCGCAAACUGUUUUUUUUGCUUUAGGAUAGAUGUUUUUGUUGUCCAAGAAAAAACUAAUUGAAACUAAACAGAAGAUACUUUUUUACUGAUAGAAAAAAAGACUUUAAAAAAUAAGAGGCUAACCAUGAGUAAUAAUAAGUAUCCCAAUGAAAGUGAAUUCUGGGUGUUUUUGUGACAUUUCUUUCCCCACCCAGACAGGUUUUCUAUGUUUGUUUCUUCUCUAUGAUAGAUAUUUGUUAUGCACUACUCUUUGUAUCUGAACAGUUUUCGACGGUCAGCAGUUCUUUUUGUUAAAAGACAAAAAAAAAAGACGAUAAAGCGUGCUUUCUGACUGACAAGAUCUUUUGCAAUACCUCAAUUUUGAAAUAUAUUAGGAGAGAAACUGAUAUUUUCUAAGUAAGUUUAUUCAGAUGAAAAAAUAUAUAUUAAUUUAAUUCUUCAAGAGAAAUGAUUUAACAGAUGGUUGAUUUUUUUAUUUUUGUCAUGCUUAUUUGCUUUUAUUUUAAGAAUUUAUUUUUUUGAAAAAGACAACAACUGAAGGAGCUAGAGCUUUAUAACUAAUAUAAUGAUGUAGUUAGUGAGAGUACAGUCUACUUUAUUACAGUGGAAGUUAGGGUGAGUGUCCCACUGGUCAAAUUGGUCGAAAACAUCAGAGAAGAGCUCUUUAGGAAAAAAAAAAUCAGGUGCUCAGAGAGAAAACUGAACAUAUUUCCCACGUUUUUGUAUAUUUAUAAUCAAUCAUUUACUAUGCUGACCAGAGUUGUGAAAGAGAUCUUCUGUUCAUUAUUUUUUUAAGAGAAGUUUUUUAUGUUUCCUAAAAGUAUGUGCUCCCUUUUUUUUUUUUUGUUUUGUAAAAAAAAAGCAACGUGACCCUGAUUUGUUAACCUGACAUCGACGGGAGAAAAACAAAAGGAGACUUGUGAGAGUCACUGAACAGCUGGAGGUAGAGAGACAAGAAUGUUAUUUUUAACACAAAACAGACACAAGUGUUUUCACCUGUAACUUGAUCGGAAGCCCCCAAGGUGCAUCAAUUGACUGGUGGCCUUCUAUUCACGCAAGACUUGAAUUAGUCCCAUUUUUUUUUAAGGCUAAGAACCUUGAUUCUUUGUUGUAAUGUGCAAUACUGUUUGUACUGUUUGUAGAAAAGAAGAAAACAAGAAAAAAGAGGCAUAAAUCUUUAUUGCAGAAUUAUUUUCAUUGCAAGCAUUGUGAUUCACUAAAAUCAUUUUCUACUGUGUAUUUACCUACUCUACCUGCUAGUACCUUCCAGUAGUAAUGUAGCCUUUGUACUGAGAAAUUUUCAUUAUUUUUAGAAAGUUUUGCUAAAAAAGAAAAGAAUUUAAACAUAUUUACAUAUUUUCAUUUUUAUUUCGUAUUUUUCUUUACAGACUUAUUUCUCAACCAUUAAUAGUUAUUUCUGGGGGAGACUUUUCAUAUCUGGUCCUUUUGUCAUUAAUAUUAUUUUGUAUUUUUACUUGGAAUAAAUUAAUUUUAUGAUGCUAAUUCUUUAAAAGUUAAUUUUAUUUUUUUUGUUUUUUCAUUUUUUGAAGCUGAAAAAAAAAAACAACCUUUGUAAUAUUGUUACUAAAGUGUCUCGAUUCUUGAAAUGCUAAGCUUUGUGUGUUAACUCGCUGAUGUUGCUUACAUUAGUGUGAAAAUGAUCUACGGAGAAAAAAAUAACUCGUCAAAACAACAGAUUGGUGGUUGGUGAUGUUUAAGUGAUUCGCAAUGUAAACAAAUGAAUGGGCAAUAAAAUAAAAAUGGCAGAAUGGAGCAUACAUGCAGUAUGUUGUGAUGUAAUUGUGGAAGAUGGACAACACCACUGACCAUUUACAUUGCUUCUGCUACUCCAGUACUCCUACUACUAUCCCCACUAACUCUACAAUAACUCCUCCUCACUUUGUGCAGUGGAGAGCAACAUUUCUUCACAUGUGAAAUAUUCAGCAGCUCCUCCUAAAGAAACAGCCAUGUCACAUGUCGUCCUCUUUCUCAUAACUUCGGUCCCUGCAUAGUGCACCAGUGUGAUUGUAUUUAAGUAUGAAUGUAAAUGAUAAGAGAUGCACUGUAUAAUAUACGAAGUUUGGGAAGAGCAUGUAUCGCUGUAGAAUCUUAAUUAUUCAUAGGAGGCAAUGGUCUAAAAGUUUCUUUUCUUCCCAAACUUUUGGUUUGUUUCUGUACUAUAAUUUUAUUUUGGCAAAAUCCUACAUUUCCCCUCCUUAUCUUCUGCCUUAAAAGAAUAGCUUGACAUUUUGGGAAAUACAUUUAUUAGCCUUCUUGCCAAGAGUUAGAUGAGAAGAUUGACACCACUCUUGUGUCUGUUACUACGCUAAAUAUAAAGCUACAGCCAGGAGACUGCACCUUGGCCUAGCAUUAGCACCCAGCCAAGAAUUAGUCUGGCACAUAAACCCCCCCCCAUAAAACUACAUCUCGUAGUUUUUACACUUCGAUUAGAAACAAGAUCUAACAUGUUAAUCAGUGAGCUUUAGAGGUGCUGGUAGACAAAUGUUUGGACACAGCUAGGCUAACUCACAUCUGUUCAAUGUGAAACUACAGCCAGCACCCAGUUAGCUUAGCAUAAAGCCUGGAAACAAAGGUAAACGGCUAGCCUGGCUCUGUCCAAAGGUAUUAAAAUCCACCAGCACCUCGAAAGCUCAAUUAUUAACAUGUAUCUCGUUGGUUUAAUCCAAACAAAAACCGAAGUGUAAAAACAACACGUUGCAGUGUUAGGGGGGUUAUGUGCUAGACUAUUUUUUGGCCGGGAGUAGUGACUUCCUGAAGUUUUGUCCAAGAACAAGUCCUUCAUAUUACCCCUAUGACAGCGCCAUGUGUCGUUUUACACUCCGGUUUUUGUACGAAUGUAACAAACGAGAUAUAACGUGUUAACUAGUGAGCUUUAGAGGCGCUGGUAGGCUGAUUUUGUUACCUUUAGACAGAGCCAGCUGUUUCCAUUCUUUAUGCUAAGCUUAGCUAACCGGCUUCAGGCUCCAUCUUCAUAUUUACAGACAUGAGGGUGUAAUUGAUAUUCUCAUCUAACUCUCAAUAAGAGAGCGAAGAAGCGCGUUUCCCAAUAUGUCAAAAACAUUUUCUUUCAUUUAGGCUGAUGUUCCAUUUUGAAGUGUUUUUGACGUCCCUUCCUGUACGGUCUAUAUCCAAAAAGAGACUCCAACGCUCAUGUGAGAAUGUUAUUUCUGGCUGGCCUUUUCUACCAGUUUAUACAGCUGAAGCUAAUACCAACCCCCCCCUCUUCCAGGGCUCAGUAUUAUUCACCACCAUACCACCAAGUAUUUAUCUAUCUCCUGGCCUUUUUUUUUUUUUUGCUCUUUCACUUAAAACUAUUUAUACCUGAACUGUAACACAAAGUGUAUGUGCAAAUGAAAAAGAAAAUGAAUUGGAUGAUGGUAACCAUUUUAUAUAUUCCUCUAUAGAUAUACGUAUGUAUUUCAUGUAACUAGACUUGGAUAGUAUACUGUAUAUUCACUUCUGCUUCAUGGGCGUUCUCUGGGUAGGUAAACACUGUAGGUCUCGUCAUGUUGUGAUCUCAAAUUAGAUGAAAAAAAAAAAAAAAAGACUGGUAGUGUGCUUUUUUCCACCAACAUCCCACUACUUUUGAAAUGUACAUUUGUUGUUUUUUUCCCGUAAGGCAUCUGUGCUUAUUUUCUAGGUUUUUAUUUCCGGACUUGAACACUGGUUCUAUCUUGGCGAGGCUUUUUGAGAUUGUUGACUUGGUCUGAACUUUUUGCAGUAAAACUGUGAUUUGAAAACAUGGAGCUCAAUGCUGCUAAUGCUUACUACUGCUUCAGAGUUUGUAGUUCCCACCUUAAUUUUUCCUUUUUCUGUACUAAUAAGCAAAUCUUAUUAAACGUAGUUGUAUGACGCUG